UAUACGAAGUACACUAAACUACGUAUAACUUGGUAUAACCAGAAUACAUAGUUGUGUAGAAGUAACAAUCGAAUAUUUACAUAUUUCUUAUGCUCAAAAAUUUCAUGUUUGGUUCUAUUAAUUCCAUUUUAAUAAGAAUUAAGGAAUAUUGAUUAUAAUAAAUAUUGAAAUUAUAACUACAUUACUUGUAAAGUGUCAUAUAUAUUUAUCGUUAUAAAUUUAUAAGAUGUAAAGAAGUUACAAGAGAAAAGCGAAUAUUAGAAUAUUGAAAAUGUGCGAGUUAUAAAAUUUUGGAAAUGUCAAGAAACGUUGUUAACGUACAUAAAGGAAAUAUAAAAGUGGUUUUAUUGUUUUUUUAUUAAAUUAAUAUUACGAUAAAAACAAGAAGGUUAUGUUACCGCACAGUUUUACAAAAAUAAAACAGCAAUUAAAAACACGUGUGAAAAUUGAAGUUUAUAAAGUGCAUAAAUAUGAUAAGAUUUGGAACGAUGUUCGAUAACCGUGAAAUUGGAAAACGAAUACGACGCUUACUUGAUGGGAAUUACUCAUAUCGUAAGAUACUUAUAUUACUUACUAUAUGUGGUGGAAUACUUCUAUAUUUUGGUCCAUCUUUUGUGCAGUGGCUUUUUUCUUCUACUAGAGAAUCAAUAGAAGCAAUUGAAGAUCUCUGUAUGAAUGAACGACUAGCUGCCUUUCAUUCAGAUAUUGAAGAAUAUAAUGCAAAUAUUCUUCAUAAUCCACCAAAAGAAGGAGAACAUCAUUAUUUGCCAUAUAUCGGCAAUGGGGUUUUUGGAAUUCCUAUUUUACCAGAGGCUUUAAUAUAUAUAAAACGAGGGAGAGCACUAUCAUUGCCAAUACAAUGGCAACCCUUAAUUUCUCAUCCUUUACUUAAAACCAAUUUUUAUCGAGAUGCUACAAUUACUCACUUUACAAGCGGGAUUGUUUAUCGUUACCAGUGUUUUAGAGAAGGAUAUUACAUAGAGUUUCAAUACUAUGCUCAUAGAAUAUUUGAUGCAAUAUUGGUACAAGAUAUAAAAAUAACUAAUCCUCUUUCACUUUCCCAAAAUGUACCAUUGAAGCCACAGAUGUCUACACAGUGGGAUAAUUACCGCAUAGAAGUGAUCAAAAUUCAGGUAGAUGAUUUUGUGGAUGAAUAUAAUCUAAUUUCUGGAUUUAUUCCAUUAUCUAACUCAAAUAAAAUUGUGACAGUAUCAAUAGUUUAUAAAACACCUCCAAGAAUAUUACAAAUUAAAGCAAGAAGUUCUAUAAAAUUAAAAUUCUUAACAAGUAUACAGUAUAGCGAACCUACACUCAUGGAAGAACACCACAUACAAUAUGAAUUAACCAAAGAAAAAGCUAUAGAGGCAAUUAAGAAAGCAAUCAGUAUUCAGCACCAAAGUUUAAAAGAAGAUCAUAUUAAUCUUUGGCAAAGUUAUUGGUACACAGGUCUUAGAAUAAGCGACUCUAAAGCUGAUGGUGCAAUAAAUGGUCAUAAAAUAAAUUCCACUCUAUAUUAUGUAUUGUCUCAAAUUUCGAAAGGUAUUCCCGAUAUAGAAAAAAAUAUAGCCAUGAAUGAAGGUUGUUACCGCGGGCAUCACACCUUAGAUGCUCCACGGUUAUGGAAAGACACAUCCUCUAUUGACGCUAUGAACAAUGUCGUUGAAGCAUGGUUAAUAACAUUAGAAAAACAAGGAUGUCACCAUUUAAUGAUUGGUGAUCCUGCAGCAGUGCAACAAGCUAUUGUUUUAAGUCUUGGUAGUUUACGUUUUAGUAAUCAACAUCUUGAAUUUAAUAUUGAUCCACAAUAUCUCAAUCGAGAUUAUUUAUUUAGGAGAAUAAGUUAUGGUAAUGUAACACAUUUAAAUAUAUCAGUAACGGUCGGAGAAGAUAAUCGUGCAGUUUUAAAAGUAGCUUUAGACAAGAGUGAUAGUGUCUAUUUUGGAUGUGAUGCUGGAUGUUUGAAUCCACCUGUUUCAUUGAGUCAAUUGUAUGCAAGCAUUCCAGUGAAAUUGACAAAACCAUUAACGGCUAUACUGUAUGUAACAUCUGAUUAUCAACAUAUGCAAGAUUUACGAAAUGCUUUACAUGUACAUGCCAUAGACGAUGCUCCAGCACAUGAUCACCUUGUAAUGGCUUUACAUAAACAUGGACAUCAAUUAGGAGGCUUACCAACACUUUUUUGGAUCAGUAUAUGUUUUCUUAUAAUUGUGUUCCAUUUAUUUCUUUGUAAACUUAUUAUUAAUGAAUAUCAUGGUCAUCAAGAUAAACAAAAAGUGAGGAGCAGAGAAGCGGAUAGGACCCUUUCACACGCCAAUGUCUCCAAGGAAGCCUAAGUCUGUUCCCAUCAUUCCCCGGAGAGGCAUUUAUCCUGCACAAAGGCGGAUUUUCGAUAAUGCCAGGGAGGCAUUCAGCUUGCAGAUAGCCAACCCACAAUUAUCGGAUUUGUUCGAAUGACAAUUCGGGUUCUAAAAAGGACGGUCAUCAAU